UGUUUUGUCACAUCCAUUAGUUGAUGAGCCUUCAUAUCUUUCACUACAUUACUGAAUUAAAUCAAUUAUUCCUGAUAAAAUUUUUGCUAAUUCAAACUUUCUGUCUAACAAAAUAAGUUUCAUUUUCAAGAAUUGUUGUUUUUCUAGUUGAUCAUGUUAGUGCAGAUAAUUUUAUUGUUUUUCCUAGUGUGGCUCCUUGUGUUACGAUGGCAAAGGAGAAAGAUGAUCGAGCUGUCCCAUAAACUCGGUGUCACCAACCACAUGACGCUACCAUUUGUGGGACAUGCUUACAUAUUCUUUGGAAGUGACGAAGAUCGAAUGACAAAAUUCCAGAAAUUGGGCCGUGAAGCGAUCGCGAGCGAGCAUGGAGUUACCACAAUAUGGCAAGGUCAUCGACUUUACUUAGUGGUAUCAGACGCAAAGGUUGCAGAGUUACUUCUGAAGACCUGUUUGGAGAAAGAUGAUGCGGUAGAUUGCUUGAAGUUCGUGACUGGUAACGGUAGCAUCUUCGCUCCAGUCAGUAUCUGGCGUCCUCGUCGUAAAGUAUUAGCUCCGACCUUCAGCCCCAAGAACUUGCAGCAGUUCGCUGAGAUCUUCUCUCGCCAGAGCGCUAUCAUGGUGGAGCAAUUACAAGCUGCUGUAGGAAGGGGAGCCUUCUCUAUAUGGCAGUACAUUACGACGUAUACCAUGGACUCUGUUUGCGAGACAACUCUCGGUGUUUUAGUGAAUUCUCAAAAACAAUCUGAGCAACCAUUUCUCCAAGCUUUUGACAAAUGUACCCAAUUGGAUGCUGACCGUCUCUGCAAGCCAUGGUUCCACCCUCAAGCCAUAUACGAAAUGACACCAGCUUAUAAACUGCAUCUUAAGUGUAGGAACUAUAUUUGUAAAUUCGUUGACCAGAUAAUUAAAACAAAGAAACAAGCUUUGGCAGAGGAGAAGGUGUCAAUGGCCGAAUCAGAACAAAACAUAAAACACGACGGUCUUAAGACGUUCUUGGAGCUCCUCAUAGACUCCUCGGGAGGGGAGCGAGGGUACUCAGAUGUGGAGCUGAGAGAAGAGACUUUGGUAUUAGUUCUGGCUGGAACUGACACAUCUGCUGUAGGCACUGCCUUCGCUUCUAUUCUGCUGUCAAGAUACCCUGAUGUACAAGAAAAGGUCUACCAAGAGUUACUUGAAGUAUUUGGUGAUUCCAAACGACCAGUCGUGGCUGAAGAUCUUCCCAGACUGAAAUAUCUGGAAGCUGUUAUAAGAGAAACAUUACGAUUGUACCCUCCAGUGCCUAUCAUUGCGAGGAAAAUCGACAAGGAAUUAACUUUACCAUCAGGAAUCACUCUAGUUGAAAAUUGUGGAGUAGUAAUCAAUAUCUGGGCACUACAUCGUAAUCACCACUACUGGGGAGAAGACGCGGAGCAGUUCCGACCUGAACGGUUCAUUGACACGCCACCCAAGCAUCACGCCGCCUUCAUGCCUUUUAGCCAUGGACCCAGAGCUUGUAUUGGUUAUCAAUACGCAAUGAUGUCAAUGAAAACUGCUCUAUCAUCUCUCCUACGUCAGUAUGUGGUUCUCCCACCAUCUGAUGUCGAAGACUUGAAGCCUUUUAGAGUGAAAUUUGACAUAAUGAUGAGAGAUGUUGACAAUUUUACCUUACAAUUGGUGAAAAGGGUUUGAAUAGGAGAAAUACACAGGGUACUGAAUUGCUAUUUUUCAUUAAUUUUUAAUAUGACUUGUACUAUGGUACUAAAGUAGGCUUAAGGUAGGUAAAGAAGUAUUAAAGGAUCAAUGAGGUCUAUCAUUGUCUAGUACUUGUACGUAUAUUAUGUGAACUUUUAAAUUUAUAUAGUUACUCUAACUAAGGAAAAGUAAAAUUUUGUGAUCUUUGUUUCUUCUGUGAAAUUGAGAUUUUUUAUUUAUAUUUUAAGCGACAUAGUUUUUUUUUGUAAAUCUGCUAACUUAUCGAUUAAACAGUAAACAAUAUGUGUCGUUUUAAGUUCAAAUAAAAGCAAGGAAGUGUUU